CCAAUCUCCAAAUCCUUCAAGGUACUUGUCGAUCUUCAAUUCCAACCCUCCGCUUAAAUAUCUCCCCUGAUUCUAAUCCGUCGCAUCGUCCGAAGCGUGGUGACGUCCACGUGCACGCACUAUUAUACCCCCUCCUACUCCAUACGUGUCAGUUAUUACCUCGCCGCACGCACGCACCGGUUCCGCACGCCACCAUCCUCCACCUCCUCCAUUCCCGCAAGCGAAGCCCUAGACCCACGGAUAGGACGGAGGGGUACACGAUCCGGGCGUGAGAGAACCGCGACAGACGCCGAUAAAGAGGCAUUGAUUGCGCUGCGUGAUUCACGGGCCGAGCCCCGCUAUCCAACAACAUGUCUAUAAAGUGAGUCUAUCUCCGUCAUUGCGAUACACGGGUCUACAUUGUUGUUACGAGACCUGUCAAUUUAUCCGUGCAUUUUCAUCCUUCUGUCCUUCUCGUCGCCAUGCCUCGUCCGAAGAUGCUAAGGCGGAACCACUCUCCUGAUAGUUGGGUGAUGCUCUCACAGAGCGAGGGCUUCACGUCCUUACCCGGUGAACAACGACUCUAUAACUCACCACCUCGAACAACCCUAUCAAUAUCGUCACAUAACACCGCCCCUGGCCGAGAAAAGUACUCGCUAUAUUGCAGCAGUGGGUGCGUGCACGUCACCAACCGCCGAAUCGUCUACCUCCCCACCCAACCCACCUCCGCCUUCCGCUCCUUCGCCGCCCCCAUCCUCAAUAUCCACGACACCCACGUCGCUGCCCCCUUCUUCGGCCCCAACGUCUGGAGCGCCAUCGUCCAACCCGUCCCCGGCGGCGGCCUCCCCGCUGCGCACCUCGCCCUCGAGCUCAAGCUGACCUUCAAGGACGGCGGCGCCUUCGACUUCCACUCCACCUUUGAGCGCAUCAAGGAGCGCCUGCAGCAGGCCGUCGAGGUCGCGCGUGAGAGCGGGACGGUGGCCGGCGACGGCGUGGAGGAGGGCGGGGCGGCUGGGGCGGGCGCGCUGGGCGCGUUGGAUUGGGGGAACGUGCAUUUGGAUCAGCUGCCGGCGUACGAGCAGAGCGGUGCUUCGAGGGCGGCGCCGCCGCCAGUGACGAGCGGGGGACAGCGGGAUAGGGAUAGCGGGCUGGGGGAGUCGCCGGAGGCGAAUGGGGCGGCGGAGCCGCCGGAUGGGGAGCCAAGAGACGUGCCGGCGGACCCGCCGCCGGGGUACGAGGAGGUGCAGCGGGGGAGUGUUGCGGAAGAGUUGGAGAGGAGGUUACGGGUGGCAUGAAGAUUUAGGGGGGUUCUUCUGAAUACUGACUUACCGGCACCUAGCGACAUGUGUGGGCAUUGUUUGCCGUGUUUUUCCUCAAAACUAAGUUAAAAGAUCUUGGGGAUUUUAAUGUCAGAGGGUAGAGAGCAUCUGUAUUACUUAUCCGUAAAUGUGGCAUCAAUGGGGGCUCUCUUCGGUCGAGGAGCCAAAGAGGGCAAAAGCGCCAUCGGAGGACCUGGGGGAGUUUACCAAUCGCCCUAGACGAAGAGAAUAUCGGCUCCUAGGUAUCGUUCAUGCGACAUGUGCAAUUCUAACAAUGAAUAAUGGUCC